CAGGGAGGCUCUGCCUGUUCCGUUGAGUUCAGACUCACUGUCAUUUUAACUUCCUUCCUGCCUUUUGUACAUUAAACAAACAUACGGCUCUGACGCGAGGUGUCGAACAGCUCGUGCGAUACACAGUAACAUAGUUACAUUGAUUUAAAUUGGCGAAAGAACUCCUGGAAUGUAGCAGCAGCAGCAGCAGCGGAGGAGCUUAAGUUAUUAUUCUGCUACGUGUCCCGAAUUCGCGAAUACGCGCUUCUCGGACAAUUUAAACAACAGCGUCUGCAACAAGGAGACUUGUAGCACUCUGCUAAGGAUGAACCAGUAGUGGACAUAAUAUAUGAAUGAGGAAAGGAGUCAGGGAUUGUUUUUAUUCUACGUGUCCGCUUUCCUUCGGUCCCUCCUAAAGAUGGUUGGCUCCAAAGGCCAGUGGACCUUGGAUGAAUAGACCUAAAUGGGAGCAAAAACGGACAGAGUCAGCCUGCCAUUAUGGCAGCUUAUGCUCUGAACAGCCUGAUAAUGAUGAACCCCAACAACCUGACCAAUAAGAGCAGCCCUCGGACAGGAAGGCCUGUGCUCCCAGUGCCCAGAGGUCCCUAUAGCCCAGGCAGCCUGAGCCCUGGGUCUGCAGGCAAUUCCUUUGUCUUCCCAACAGGUACCAGUUCCAGCUGUCAAAGGGCAUGUUCACCAUGUCGACGGCCAGAAUCACUGGGCGUGCAUGUGGGAAGUCGAGUGCGCAGACUCAGUGGGUCUGGCCUAGAGGAAGAACAGGAGAACGAAGAGCGGCGUGCCGCUCAGCAACUUGAGCGCCACAAGGAACUGCAGAACGUGGAGGUGAACAAGAAGGUGGACCUGUUUGAGGCCCAAAUAUCAGCUCAGGCUCACAGCCGAGAGGUUCAACGAAGCCCUCGGAUUUCCAGGAAAACUCCCCCGAACUUUGGCCCUGUCCAAAUUGGCAACCUCUGCUUGAAUGCAGAGGAAACACUUGCGACACAAAACAAGGAUCACUCAACAGGGAUCCCCAAUGAACUGCAAAAUGGAAAGCGCUUCUCCUGCAUGGAGGAGGGGCUGCAGGUCAGCAGUGAAGAGAAGGACAGGGCUGACCCAAAUACAGAAGAGGGCGGCCCACUUGAGAGCACAUCAGCAGGAAUUAAGAGCGAAGCUGACAGCCCUACAGACAAUCACUCUAGGACUUCACCAGAGUGCUCAGCAUCUUGGACCGAGACAUGUUUGACAAAGCCGGGAGCUGAGCCAACAGAAACCCAGGCAGAGUCUGACGGAGUCAGUCCAGAGCUGGGCUCCAUCCCUGCUGUCAUUAUUACGGACCACGGCAUGGAGGUCAGUGGGGAGGGCAAGGAGCCCCAAGUUAGUCCUCAACCUGGCAGAGCCGUGAGAAAGCUGUCCUCUUCUUCUGCCUCCUCAACGGGAUUCUCCUCAUCCUGGGAGGAAUCAGAGGACGACAUCUCCAGCGACCCAGAGCGGUCCCCAGCUUUCCUGCAGACACAACAGAAAGCGCAUAAAUCAUGGAAGAAGAUCAAGAACAUGGUGCACUGGUCACCAUUUGUGAUGUCCUUCAAGAAGAAGUACCCUUGGAUCCAGCUGGCUGGCCAUGCAGGCAAUUUCAAGGCUGGAGCUAACGGUCGCAUCCUGAAGAAACACUGUGAGUGUGAGCAGCAAUGUCUCGAUAGGCUAAUGAGAGACGUGCUAAAGCCCUACGUUCCUGCCUACCACGGAGAUGUAGAGAAGGAUGGAGAGAGGUACAAUCAGAUGGAGGACUUGCUCGCAGACUUUGACCUACCGUGUGUCAUGGACUGCAAGAUGGGCAUCAGGACAUAUCUGGAAGAGGAGUUGACGAAAGCCAGGAAGAAGCCUAGCUUGAGAGCUGACAUGUACCAGAAGAUGAUCGAGGUGGAUCCCGAAGCCCCUACGGCAAAGGAAAACGAACAGAAAGCAGUCACUAAGCCGCGCUACAUGCAGUGGAGGGAAACCAUCAGCUCCACCGCCACUCUAGGCUUCCGUAUCGAGGGCAUCAAGAAUGAGGACGGAACAGUAAACAGGGACUUUAAAAAGACUAAGACGCGGGAACAAGUGACUGAGGCCUUCCAAGACUUUGUCAAAGGAAACAAGAACAUCCUGCAUUCCUAUCUGAACCGUCUGAAAGAGAUCAGGGACACGUUGGAAGUUUCACCGUUUUUCAAAACGCACGAGGUGAUUGGCAGUUCUCUUUUAUUCGUCCAUGACAAACGGGAGCAGGCAAAAGUGUGGAUGAUAGACUUUGGGAAGACCACACCAUUGCCGGAGGGGCAGGAGCUGAGCCACAGGGCCACCUGGGUGGAGGGUAACAGGGAAGACGGCUACCUCUACGGCCUAGACCACCUCAUAGACAUUAUUUCCCAUAUGCUAGCUCCUAAACCCCACUAGAGUAGGAGGAUUCGAUCUUCUCUCCCUGCCCUUGGGCGGGCCGCCCGCACUACAGUUCAAGACCUCGCUGGGUUCCCCCUAAAGCUAUCCUAACCGAUCGCCCCGUCUCACCAAAAAAGAAAACUGUAAAACUUAAAACAGAAUGCCAGCCGCAAUGGCCUUUUAAAUGAGUGUGUAUGUUUGUAAACUUGUAGAUGCUGUACAUAUAGUGUAAAUGCCAGUGUUUUAGUUCAGAACAUGUGUGAAUAGGAUCUUUGCAGCUAGCGCUUUAACAAACAGGUGAAUCUUAAAGCCACACUCCCUUUAUGUGCAUUCUUUUCAACAUGCUUGUGUUAUGGAAAAGUGUAAAGCACUUGCAGAUAUGUUUUACUCAUGAUCGUCUUAAUAUUUUGUUUUUAGAUGCUGCAGAAAAAUUUUAAGAAUUUAAUUCUCAUCUAGGCACCACUUCUUAUGUGAAACAAAAAUCUAAAUAUUAUAUAUAUAUAUAUAUAUAUAUAUAUAUAUAUAUAUAUAUAUAAUGUUAAAGCCUUACAAUCACAUCAUCUAGUUUAUUGAGAUAUAUUUAUAUUUGUAGGAUUCUAACAAUAUUCAUUUGUUUUAUAGUUUUUUUUACCCUGUUAAGAUAAUAUAAGUAGUGUUAAAAUAUGUCAUUUAUACUGAGUGCCUAUAGUAGAACAAAUUAAUUUAUCCCAUUUGGUGGAUGGUCUUACGCUGUGCUUUUAUACUUAAAUUCUUCAUAUUGACAUUCCUUAAAAAUUCAAUCGCCAUUUUGUGCCCAAGUAGGGCUGGGUAUCGAUACAGAUUUUCCAGUUCCGGUUACAAUUUUCACGGUUACAAGUUCUCAACUUAAAUCCUAAUUAAUACGAUACUUAUGAAUUUGGGUAUGCAUUUCAGUUAUAUUGUCUAGUCUCUCUAUGUUUUUGUUUCAUUAUAAUGAAUCCACUCGAGUCAUUUUGGGAAUGAGGCUAGAGGUCUGCGCAGGAUCAGUUUUCCUGCUCACAAAUUUUAAAUUUUGUCCCCCGCAUAGAGAUCAGUCCCAUUCCAGUACGAUUCUGUCCCUCUUCGGUGUCAUAGGCCAUUUUUUUCUAAUCUAACACACGUAUAUGACGCUUCAGACCUCACCUUGUUGCCUUUGUCGCUAUAGAGCAGGGGUGCCCAACCCUGUUCCUGGAGAUCUACCUACCUGCAAAGUUUAGCUCCAACCCUGAUAAAACACACCUAAAUUCAGAUCUCCAGGAGCACUUGAUAAUUACAGACAGGUGUGGUGAGCAGGGCUGGAGCUGAACUCUGCAGGAAGGUAGAUCUCCAGGAACAGGGUUGGGCACACCUGCUAUAGAGGGUAUGCACUGACGUCACUUUCCCGCCGGAACACACCCCCUCAGCCAGACUGAGUGGCAAAAGAGCCUGCUGCAUGACUGGAUUUAAUAGGGGAAACUGCGAAAACGCAAGUAAAACAAAUGAUUAUCAGUUUAAACUAAAGGUUGGACUCAAUAUAAUGUUCCUUACAACUUACCAAAGAUGCAGUGAUCCAUGGAUAUUGACAGGCAGCCAGGAAUCAUGUUUUCCUGACAUGCCUGAUUUCGACGCCAGGGAAAUACAUAAAGCAAAUUUGCCUGUGAACGCUUUAUAUAAAUACAAUAUAGGUAGGUCUAAAUCCGGGGGAUCACUUGUAUCAAUGUUAUAUACAUCAUCAUAUUGCCCAGCCCUAAAACGUGUAUUGUUUUUGUCAGUGUUUAUUUAAAAACAUCCAAUUAUGCUGAAUAUAAGAUGCUUAAUAUUUAAUUGAUGAGUUGUUAAUACAAUAUAUAACAAUACAAUAUACAGGGUAUGGUUUUACCUCAAAAUUCAACAUAUUGACACAAAAUGAUAACUGCAAAUGCCUGGAGUCCAGUUUCUGUGAAUUGCAGCGAUCCAUUUGCUUCUCUUUUCUGUAGCUUUUGGCAGUCUGUGAAAAUAUAGCUCAGAUUUCUCGUCAAAUCUAUAUGAAAAGUCAAACACACAGCUCUUUCCCGUUUUAGAUGUGUUUUGUGUUGUUUUUGCAGCAUUCACACUGAAAACCAAACCUUUUUUCCACUCAGUGGGCAUAACCGCAGUUACUCCGGCCGACUGUGGCAUCACAUGCAUACCCUCUAUAGUCAAAAGGAAGAUGCCUAGCUGUCAUAAAAUACCCCCCCCCCCAAAAAAUAUUGAGAGUUUCCAACUCCCUGAAAACUUUAUUUUGCGCAGUAGAUAAAUAACAUUCUGUACCUUCAAACAAAACUAAAUUUGAGUAACUUUUAUUUUAUUUUUUAGAUAUUUAUAUUUUCCUGGAGUCCCAUAAGUCAGGUGCCAGGUGCUAUGGGAAUUCAGACCUUACGGGUCGCACUAUAUGUUUUUGGUUCACUAAAAGAAAGAAUAUUUUCUUUGCGAUUCGCCCACUGGUCGCAUUUUUGGUACAACCCCACAACUUAAUAGAAACAUUUCUUGCCAUCAUUUGUAUUGCAUCACAUUCAAAACUGGAAACAAAACAGACUACAAACUUUUCAUAUAUUGCUAACUAUCAUAUUAAAAAUAUGAUUUUUUUUUUUUUUUUUCCUUUUCUUUUUUUUUGCUGUGUCAAGCAGCAGGGAGUUGAUUUGGAGUGAGUCAUUUUAUCAGAACACAGUGCCAUCUGUAGGACAGGAAGCACAGUACAAAUAUUUUAUCACACAGCCACAAAUGUAAAAGAGUAAAAGAUUAAUCGUUAUCUUGGGAUAUUAAGAAUCUACAUCAUAACUGUUCAAAUGAAGAUCACAAUUAAUUGGAAAAUCAAUAUUUUUACCCAGCCCUAUGCCCAAGUGCCCAAAAUAAUUGAGUGUCAAAGUUUUUUCUCAGGAAGUGGCUCCAGUUUAAAAAGAUGUCAGUACCCGCUUGUGGUAUGUUUUCAAGUUCUGCACUUCUAUUGUAUUUGAAAAAAAAAAAAAAUCUGUAAGGGCUGCAAACACCAACUGCCCUUAGAGACACUAUAAUAAGGUUAAAAUAAGAGCUUUUGUAAGAGCUAUAUUUUUUUUUAUUAAUACAGACUGUGAUCUUAAUCUACACAUCUGUUAACCAAAAAUGUCAAGCAUUCCACGCAAGUUCAAACAUAGCAGAUUGUCACAAGAGCCUUAAGAAAUGUUGUUCUUCCUUUGAAAAGUGCCUGAGGGCGCUGUUUGAUGCAGCGCCUCUGAAUGUUGACUCGCUACUCUUCGGAGCGCAUCAUGUUUGAGAGAGGUGAUUGUUGUUUGCAUGACUAUUUGCCAUGCAAAUUAACCAUCCCUGCAUACCCCCAAACAAUGAGAUAAUGCUCAAAGCAAAAUAUCGCUGGAGAUAAAAACUAAUUUGUUGGUCAGUAUGGAAACCAUGUGCUGACACCAGCAUAAACGCAAUCAGUGAUUAGUCGUUGUUGAUUUAGCCCGAGGCGAGGAACACCUAGGGCAGACCUACAGGUCAGGACGUCAACGCCACGCACUCCAGUCACACAGUAAAGGCAGAAGGGUUAUUGAGAGGUCUCAAACCAAAUGUCACCACACUGUUUUUUUUACCCAUCAUAUAUUUGUGACGAGAUUUUGCUGUUGUUAAAUGACCUUUUAUGAAUGCAUAAGGAACAGAGAGGACAAAAGGUGGAUUGGAAACUUUUCUCAAAUCCUGCAGCCACAGUUCCCUAAACAUGAUUAAAAAUGGGUCGGAAAAAUGAAAUGAGUCAAAUUAUAGCUGCUGUAAGUGAUUUUUUUUAAAUAGGCCUACCACAUAUAAACUUCACAACCUGACAGUUGGAUAUCACUAAAAUAUAUAUAUAUUUAUAAAAAAUAUAUAUAUUUAUUAAAAAAAAAAUUUAUAUAUAUAUAUAUAUAUAUAUAUAUAUAUAUACAUACAUAUACACAUACACACAUAUAUAUGAUAUAAUAAAACACUUGCUAUGAAAAAUAGAUUGUAAUACAUGGCUACUUUAAAAAAGCUGACAGGAAACAUUCUUCUUGCCAUCAUAAUGGUGUUGUUACGGCGUGUACCACAAGAUGUGUGACACUAAACUGAAACCUAACCUGAAAAAUUAAAGAAAAAGGUGACUUUUUGGAAACUAAAGUGAUUUUUGCAUUUGAUGGCAUUAAAAAAAAUGCUUAUAGCAGCUUUAAUGAGGUCUAUUCACCUCAAAUUGCAUUUUUCUGAACUAAAUCUUAUAAGGCCAGAUGUACUUUCUCCCUACACAAGCUAAAACAUGGAAGUAGGGCUUCCCCUGCUGUUUACGGUGCUGAAUUACAGAGAACAAACAAAACUGACCAAGUCCUCCUUCUUGCCCUUGAUGUUCAUGCCAUAUUUGUGAGGUGUCAAAAAUUGUGGGAAUUUCUAGUGGUGUCAUACGCAUACUCAUAUUUAUAUUUUAUGUUUUGUUACAUUUUGCACAAGAACACUAAAUGUAGCUGCAUUGUUUGUUUUUUUUUCCCUCUUGUUUGUUUGGCUUUACCUCUCAUAUCUUGGUGAUGUAGUGGUUCACUGUAAUAUAAGCUAAGCUCAUUGCUGUGUAAAAAAAUGUGCAAACGUCUUCAGAGUGUGCUCUGUCUCUUUAAGAAAAUAAAUCUCUGCAACCAGUGA